AUGUCACACCAACCACCUUCCAGAGAUGAGCUCCAUGAAGGAGGGACGAACUUGUCCUUCGAGUUAGAGCUAGAGGAAGAUUUCGAAAGCGAGAUACAGCAUUUCUCUAAGCUCAGUCGAGAAAGGAACUACGCUAAAGCCCAUGAGUUCUUUGACAGUGUUUUGAAAAAACAUAUUGGCUUUUUCCCAGUGGCUGUUGAAUAUGCGGAUAUGCUUUAUGAGCAAGGAUGCUAUAGGCAACUAUCAAAAUUCCUGGAAGAGCGUAUUGACGCUAUACGUGACAAAUGGCCAAAGGAUGAGACGCAGCUUCUUCGACUGAUGAACGCCUUGGCCGGUAUACACUACCGAGGAAGCCUCGACACGGCUCUCGCUGAAGCGGCCGUAGCAUGGAAUUUCCUGGAAAGAAAACAGCAAUUACGCGGGUUUCUGCAACUGGGCUUGCAAGACCUACAGAAAACUGACAACCUUCCUAGUGAUGUCGAUGCCGAAUACUUGCUGAAUGUGGCAAUCCUUGCGAAUGCUGCGGGAGCUGGCGACGACACAACUAAAGAGCUGUAUGAAGGCGGCAGAAAUCAGCUUAAAACCGCUCGAAAAAUCUGGAGAGGAAUCCCGCAAGUUGGGGACUCGCUGGCAUCAAUUCUACGGCUGUCCAUGGAACAAAUUUGUUACGAAACAGCGAAAGUCCUCUUAUUUCCGGAACCCAUUCCCAAAAGUGCUGACACGUCUUUGGCCCUCUCCAAAAUCCUUUCGGUAGCAGAAUCGCUGUGUGAUUUCCGUACUCAGAUGCGAUGCCGGUUUCAGCUUCUCUUGGUCACUUUAAGGUCAACAGGAGACUGGCGUGACCUUUACAGUAUGUCGAAACUGCAGGAGGGAGAUUGCGGUGAUCUUGUUGAAUCGCUACAUACUUGGAACUUGUUCGCUUCAUGGACCCUCAGAGUACCAAUCUCACACUUCAACCUAUCAAAUCUUAAUCUUACAGGGGUAAUGCUGAAUCUGGACAGGGAGAUUCUUUUCCUGUCUUUAAUAAAGCCUCUGGGAUGGCCAGACCAGAAUUGGAUAAGACUUUUGCGGUCGCACUUUUCAAAGGUGCAGUCGGUUGGCUCACUUUUGGCUUGGGAUGCAUCCGGUGAUGGUACCAAGUUGCUUAUUGACAUAGCUAACUACGCUUUCUGGUCUCAAGAGAAUAAGAAUCAGCUUCUGUGGGAUGCCAGCACUGAACGAGAAAACCGAGAUCUUCUGGGUCUAUCGGCUUCUAUGAAAUCACGAAUACUCGUCUUCGUUCAGCAUCAUCGACGCCCGCCUUCUUUUUCCUUGCCACCCGACCUUUCGGGGCGAGUUUAUGGGCCAGAGCUUACUGCUAAAGAGGACGACGAGAAGGAGACGGUGUUCAAGGGGAGUGCAACGGAAGCUCAACAACACGUUGAAGUGGCCAAGAAACAGGAGCACCACCUUCAGCGAGAGAGGAUAGAAGAUGAGGACGAAGAAAAGAAAGAGACUUUUAAGCACAAAAUGCUCGAUAUCAUCAGAGAAUUUCCCCAAAUAGCUAAAACCGCGAGACGUCCAUCCUCCCCCGAAGUGCAAAAUGCCUUAGCCUGCGCCAGAGCCUACGCCAGAGAGUUUGAACAUGGGCCUGAAUACGGGCCUGACGCUCAUACGAUGGCUGUACUCGAAUUUUCCAUGAACGGCCUAUGGGAACGUAUCAAGGCUGAGCCGGAAUAUGUGCUCAGUCCAAAGGAGUUCUCCUUGUUGAACUACUUUUUCUUACGCUAUAAGAACGAGCCUGCAUGUAAAAGAGCUGUGAAGCGGUUUUGGAACCACUAUGGCGCAGAAAACUCUGCCACUGAUGAGAGCAAGUCUUAG